AUGGUUACGAAAACAAAAAAGAAGACGCCUCCACGUAAGGCCGCAGUCGGUGCAGCUCUAAAUAAGGAUCAAAAGGAAAAGAAAGUAGAGUUCAAUGGAUUAGGAUUGAAGCCUAAGAAUGGUCAGGCUAAUGGAGGUCUGAGACCGUCGCCUUCAACCAAUACUCUCAACAGGCUUGCUAGGGAAAAGAUCGUUUUAUGGAGGCAACCUUUCACAACAGUAUACUAUGCUUUUAUGGAAGGACUUAAUUUAUGUCUCGAAUUUCUUACUGGAAUGCUUAAUCAUAAAGCUUUAUUGUUUUCACUUUCCGUUAUGUCAUCUUUAUUCUACUAUGCUUAUAUUACACCAGGACAACAUCAGCAAUACAUUGCUGUGAUUGAAAAGAAAAUACUAUGGUGGGGAUGGUGGGUAUUUCUUGGUGUGUUGUCGUCGAUCGGUUUAGGGUCUGGCUUGCACACGUUCUUAAUUUAUUUAGGACCACACAUUGCUGCGGUUACAUUGGCCGCGUACGAGUGUAACAGUCUUAACUUCCCAGAGCCUCCGUAUCCGGAUAGUAUUGUUUGCCCUAGUGGAAAGGCAUCGGCUACAACCUCGAUUGCUAUAUCUCUUUGGCAAAUUGUUGCCAAGGUUCGUGUAGAAUCGUUGUUAUGGGGAGCCGGAACGGCUCUUGGAGAGCUACCGCCAUAUUUCAUGGCAAGAGCAGCUCGUCUUAGCGGUGAGGAGCCGGAUGAUGAAGAGUACAAAGAAUUCAUUCANUUAAUGAAUGCCAACAAGAAGGGAGCCGAUGAACUGUCAUGGACCGAUCGUGGAAAAGCUUGGAUGGAGAGGUUUAUUUCGAGAGUUGGUUUUCCUGGGAUUUUGCUCUUCGCUUCAAUUCCUAAUCCACUUUUCGACCUCGCUGGAAUUACAUGUGGGCAUUUUCUUGUUCCAUUUUGGUCUUUCUUCGGCGCGACUCUGAUUGGAAAGGCGAUUGUCAAGAUGCAUGUCCAGGUGGGUUUUGUUUUCCUUCAUGGCGGAAAAGAACCUAACUAUUGUGAGCAUCAUGUGGAGAAUCUCAUCCACCAAAUAGGAAAAAUUCCCCAUGUUGGUGAUAUGAUAAGGCAACCGAUUCGAGAAAUGCUACAAAAGCAGAAAAUUGCACUCCAUCGAGCUCCGGGAACCCAUGUCGAACAGUCAACAUCAACACUACAGGCGAUUCUUGGUGGUGUGGUAACGCUUAUGAUAUUUGGAUUUCUGCUAUCGCUGAUCAAUUCCCUUGCUCAACGCUAUCAUAAACGUUUAUGCGACAAGCGGAAAGUAGCCUAA